AUGUUUUUCUUCUUGUUAGUUUUAUUGGCUGUCGAACGCACCGCUGCGUCUUUCUUUAUUGAUCACUGCAACGUCUAGUUUUAUUAUAGCCCUUUAUAUACAGUAUUUUCCUUUUGAACCAUGAUGACUUUGAUUAUUAUUGGCGCAGGAGCUGCCGGUUUGGCUGCUGCAUCUCGGCUCGUUGAAAAAGGAUUCAAUCCUGCUCGAAUCACGAUUCUAGAAGCCGAAAACCGAAUAGGUGGUCGGAUUCUCACCGUUCCACAUGGUUCGGGCCUGAUAGAAAUGGGUGCGCAAUGGAUCCAUGGCAAAGAAGGUAAUGUUGUUCAUCCACUAGCCGAGGCGGCUGGGGAAAUACGGACGGACAUCCACACCCUUGAAUCAACUGGUUACGCGGAUGACGUGGAGAUGGUCUACAGGGAUGGACGCAAAAUCACUGCAAGCCAAUUGAAAGAAUUCAAGGAGAUUUUGCAAAAAAUUUACGUUGAUUCCAAGCGAGAACUAUCCCAAUGGAAAACAUCGUUAGGGGAAUACUUUGAGUAUAAAUAUGGUAAACAUCUGGAUCAAGGGUCUUUUACCACCAUGGAUCGAGCGACCGCUUUGGAUCUUUUGGAUUGGGCUCACCGAGCACAAAAUCUCGAAGAUGGGUCCGACAAUUGGAUGGAAACGUGCGGAGUGGGCUCGUUGGAGUACCAUGAAUGCGUUGGAGAUUAUACUACUGUGUGGAAACGCGGUUACUCUGCUCUAUUUGACAUUCUAAUGAAAAAUGUUCCAAAAAGGAAUAACGGAUUUCAACUUCCGCUUUCCGACAGAAUCCGCUUGAAUUCGCCUGUUAAUCUUGUUAGAUGGAAUCCAGAUCGUCCCAACUGUAAGGUGGAAGUCGUUUGCAGCGAUCAGACGUAUACUGCUGAUAUGGUCCUUGUCACGUGUUCGCUAGGAGUGUUAAAGGAUAGAGCUGAUAAACUGUUUACACCUUUAUUGCCUGAAAAGAAGAGGAGAGCCAUUGAAGGCAUAGGUUUCGGGACGGUAGAUAAAAUAUUUCUCGAAUUUCGUAAACCUUGGUGGAACCAGCAAUGGGGUGGAGUCAAUUUUCUGACGGAGCCUUCGAAAGCCACCGGCGAUUGGGUUGACAAAGUGAUGGGGUUCUCCACCGUCCGCGGACAACCAAAUUUACUUAUAGGAUGGAUUAGUGGUCCCGGUGCAAGGGAUUUUGAAACUCGUCCCGAAGUUGAGGUGAUGGGGAAAUGUUCUGAACUGCUUCGCAAAGCAGUUGGCUCGGAUUUCGAUUACGAAGAGCCAACGCGAAUGAUCCGAUCGUUAUGGCACAGCAAUCCUCACUUCUGUGGGUCGUAUAGCUAUCGGUCAAGGAAAAGCAAAGAUCUUGAUGUUUGGGCAUCUGAUUUGGCUGAACCGGUCUAUGAUUCCAAUGGAGUUAUUCGAUUGCUCUUUGCCGGUGAAGCAACUCACGAUCAUUGUUACUCAAACGUUCACGCAGCAGUCGAGACGGGUUGGCGCGAAGCCGACAGAAUCAUAGAACUGGUUAAAAAUUCUCCUUGUCUUGCCAAACUGUAGUUGACGUUACAUACGAGGGAAGUGUCUUGUGCUGCUGGUAACGGCAAAAACUGUACCCCGAGGCCCAUGCAUUUUAACACCUGAUAAUGUCAGUGUGAAUAAAAGCACAGCAAGUUUGAA